CUGGCAACUGUAAAUAAAGUUAUUAUUUAUAUUAUUUUGAUCUUUUUCAAUUGAUUUUCCACCAAAACUGUAAAAGUGAGUCCUUUCCUUUUUGAGAAAAAUGUGGAAGCAUUUCCCAAAUUAUUGUUCCUUAUUUAUUUCUUUUAUUCAAAACUAUAACUACGAAAUAUACAUAACUGAUUACCUUGCUUUGUGGUUUGUUCAUUUCGCGGAAAAUGAUUUCGUUAAUCUUCUUAAAGCUAGUAAUACGACAUUAGAAAUAGAUGACAUGACUUUGAAAAGUAAAGGAAUUGAAAUGCUUUCAAAUCCAGACAAACUAAAAAGAGCGAAUGUGAAAAUUGAUAGUACAACAAUGCAAGUUUCCAUGAGUAUGUUAUUUGGGUACUCUUUAAAACUUAAUUUGACUCUUACUGAAGGCUCUAAAGAAAUGUUCUUCCAAAUAGUUACCCAGCCCUUGUUGAAGCUGGUCCAAGAUUUGAAAUCAAGUGAAAGCGAGCUGCGGCAUCUGCUAAAGAAGAAAGACCUUGAAAUAGAAGAAUACAAGAGUGAAGGAGCUCAAGUUGCAAGACAUUUCAAAACCUCCAAAUUCAAUGAAGAACAGCACAUGAAUCAAUUCAAAGCUUAUUCAGAAUGUUUUGGACUUUCAGACAUUCCUCUUACUAUACUUGAGCGAUCAAUUGACUUACCUGAAAAUAUUAUUGUGAAAAAAGAACUGGUCUCUAUGAAAACAGAACCUUCCCUGUCCCUCAUAAAGACUGAACAGGUCCCUACAAUGGCCGAGCCAGGAAAUCCACCAGUGUUUGAGAACCGCACAGUGCAAGCAACGGUUAGUGUUAAAAGAGAACACGUUAAGGUUGAACCGAAACUAGAGUCCAAUGACCCAAGAAAAAGAAGUAGGGCAAGACUAAAUUUAUGAAAGUUAUAUUUAAGUUAGAUUAACUUAAGUUUUGGGAACUUUGAGGUUAGUUUAACAUGUGUGAUAUAUAUGUAAGUAUAUAUUUAUUUAUAGUUAGUCUCUAUGGUGCAGUAUGACAUUGUUUCGGGUUCGAUACCUGGUCAGGUUAUAACGUAUUGAAAGUAAUAUUACCUAAAACUUUGUACCCUUAAUGUCACACUUUUACAGCUGGCCUUUUUAGAUUUUAGUCAAAAAAUGGCGGCUUUUCAACAUAGAACAAAUAUUUUGUGAAUUGCAAGUUCAUGGAAGUACUUAUUAUACAAAUUCUGACCCAGAAAGUGUCAUGUUUUUAAAAAGUUCACUUUUUUCGCUUCAGAUUUGUUUCGAAAAAUUAAUCUUCACGCGCGACGCCGUUUUUAUAGCCCAAAGAACUAUCGCUGUCUCGUUUCACGUCAUAAUAAAAACCGAAACAGCGAUAGUUUUUUGCGCAAUAAAAACAGCGUCGCGCGAUCCAUGCUGCGGAGUAAAGUUAAUGAACAAGGUGGUAUUUUAAAAACCACCCGGUAUAGAUAAUUGCAUCCUCUGUGAUUAUUAAAAAUACUCACGGGACCGAAACCUCGGGCGAAAGCUACUUUAGAUAAAAUAUAUGUUUACUAAUCAGGAUUUUGUAAUGGAAUAUAAAAAAUAGACCAUGCAAAUUUUUAUUAAAACUUUAUUAUACAUUGAACAUUAAUAUCUAAUAUUAUUAAUUGUGCUGGUUGUAUAAUUGUUACAUUAAUGUGAUUAAUUGGAGACUGUUAAUUAGACAUGGGCUAAAUUUAUAUGGUUUUUAGGCUAUUCUCUCAAGAUGUUUCUUUAAUUUAAUAAAGAACUGCUUAUGUUUUCAUAAUGUAAUUUUUACACGUGCUACGUGCUAAUAUGAAAAAAAAAGUUAUAGAAUUUUUAAUUCAAUUUGUGGGUUUAAAACUAGUCUUUAUUGACCAAAGCUAUUAGAUUAGAUGUUUUUUACACAUGAUAAAUUUUAACAAGCUUUUAUUAUAUCAGCUAAUAAAAUAAUAGGUGUAAUUGCUAUUAGGUAUUCUUAUUUAAUUUUUUAUAUAUUCUUCAAUACACCGAAAUUCACUAAAUCACACAUUUUUAUUUACUGCCCAGCAGCUUAAAUUACAUCUUUUUGGGACCUGCCCUGUGCUAAGCACACAUUUUAAGCCAAUAUAACCAGCUGUUAGUUCCUAAACAUCAAAUACUUCUUUGAUAAUUGUUAAGAUUACAUAUUCUAUAAUAACAUGAAAAGCAAUUAUCUCCAAUAUAAUCGCAUUAGUUGUAACUACAGGCUGAAGUUAAAUUUAUUUGGCUAUAUUAAAAAUUAAGUUUUCAUCCUGUGUAAUUUUACUCAUUUGUGUGAUAGUUACCAUUAUAUUUAGUAUUCAGAGCCGUUUUGUAUAAUAUGAAAUAAAAUAAAAAAAAUUGUAUUUUGGAGAUCGUCAAUGAAAUUUUAUAAUUAUACUUAAGUCUUUUUUUAUUGCUAUUUUGAAUGAAAUAAAUGAAACCAAAGAAAUUUAGACUUCAUCCUGUAUUUCUGACCCACACUGUUUAAGUUUCCUAAUAAUAACAAAUAUGAAUUGUUACAAAUCUUUUAAUAAAUAUUUAAAUUCGAUAGAUAAUGUGAUUUUUUAUUAAGUCUAGCUAUCAUGCACUCUCAAGUAGCG